CUUGAGAGUGAAGCUUGUGGCAGUCCUGUCCAGGGAAACAUACAGACAAAAGAGGAGAAGUACUAUCCACAGUAUGGCAAUAUGAAACCAGAACUGGACACUGGGACAAUAGUGCAGAUGAGUGGAAGUCUAUUGAGCGUAGGUAGUGGCAGUCCUCUCCAGGGAAACAUACAGAAGAAAGAGGAGGAGCAUGAGCCACAUUAUGGCAAUAUGAAAUCAGAACCAGACACUGAAAUGUUAGUGCCAUUGAGUGGGAGUCCAGUGAGUGAAGGUUGUGACAGUCCUCUCCCGGGAAAUGCACAGAUUAAAGAGGAGUACAAUCCACAUCAUGGCAAUAUUAAACCAGAACCAGACACAGAGGAAAAACAUAACGAUGAUGUCAAGACAAAGUCAAACACUGAAGAUGCUCAGCACUUAGUCCCAGAUGUGGCUACAGGACUCCUUGGGUAUAUGCCAGUGGUAGUUUUGCCAAACUUUGUUGGACCGCAGGCGGGAUUGCAAAACCAGUAUGUCCAGUGUUACAUCCUGGCAGAACCACAAGGACCUGCUAUACGUCCUGACAUUGUGAGUAACAUAACACCCAGACUGAACACUGAGGGUGUUCAGUAUUUAGUCCCAGUUCAAGCAGUCGGAUGCCCCAUGGUAACCAUAGGUCCAGGCAAUGAGAGCACAUUGAUCAAACAAGGGCAAGAAAAUGUGCCAGCUGACUUACAGCAAGGUGAAGUUCACAGAAAAUGAAGUGGGCAUCUAACAGUAAUGAAAUCCUUAAGCCUCUAAAUUAUAGUUUCACACUAAACAGAUGCUAUUAGCUGCCUUGGUUUCUAUGGAACUGUAUUGAGAAUGUAAUUCGUGACUUAUUUCAGGAAUGUAUACUUUAAAAAGCUCGGGUAAACUCAUACUCAAGAAAUGGAGGCCUAACAGAUGGCUAAUGCAUAAGGUUGUAAAUAUUCUGCUUUGAAGUUUUGUUGUAAAAAGGACAAGUUGAAAAUACAUUACACUUUUUUAUGUUUCUUUUUUCUGCAGUCAGUAGUCUGCGGUCUUUUCAUUUGUAAGAAUUUGUAUCAGACACUGUGGCCUUUGAGAGCCAAAAAGACGGACUGAUCGGAGGAACAUGUUUCAUGGCAAAGAGCUGUCAAUAUUGUGCUUUACCUUUUUGUGUUCUAAAAAAAUGGACAAUAUGAAAAUUCAGAAAGUUAUGAAAGUUUUUUGUUUCCUUUUCUUUUGGUCAAUUGAGACUGGACAUUGCUGACUUUGUGGAUAUCAAAUAAUUGUAUUAUAGUCAUGUGAGACGGUCUCGCCUUACUUUAAAAGUGCCUGUUCUGUUUUUUUUUCCUGAUCAUUUUAUACAUAGAUUAAUGUCACUUUUAUUUUUGAAAAAGGAAAAAAGUUUGCAACGAAAAGAUUUUGUAAAUGACACAAACGGUGGACACUGUGAAUCUGUCAUAAAUUUGUAAAUAUGAGUGUGUCCAUACUUUGUUCUUAAUUGGUAACCGCAGCAUUUCAUGGAUAUACAGGAUAACAAAAAUCAAAAUGACCUGUAUCUGCAUGGACUUGUCUAUUGCUCAUUGCUGUUUUAGUACAUUUAUAUAAACUUUGAAAGCAUCC